UGCUCAGAGGGAGACACGAGCCAGAGCUAAAAUGAUUAGGACAUUACCACUGGGAACUGAAGUAAAAUUCAAGGCGCAUCUUGAUGAAAGAGAAUUUUGAGUGGAAUUCUGGCAAUUAAGAAGUCUAAAAUAACAGGCAGACAGUCUGCUCCUGCGGCUCCUGCUACUCAGGAGAUAAAUCCCAUUGAUAUUGUGGCAGAAGUGGAUCCUUAUGCAGUGAUCUUCAAAGGAGCCUAUGGGAGUUAGGCACCUAGUUUCCUCAGGUGUCUUUGAAAAAUCUCAACCUUAAUGUUUUAGACAGUUUGCUUUUUCAGUUGCUGAACUUUCUUAUACAAGAGGCUAAACAUUAAUUAAAAUUUGCAGAAUGAAAAGAUGGCGCAGGCACUGCUGGUACCACCGGGACCUAACAGCUUCUUCUACUUCACUAGAGAGUCUCUUGCAGCUAUUGAACAACGUGUCACUGAAGAAAAAGCUAAUUGUCUCAAAGAAGAUCAUAAAGAUGAUGAUGUCAAUGACAAAAAUGGCCCAAAGCCAAAUAGUGACUUGGAAGCAGGAAAGACACUGCCAUUUAUUUAUGGUGACAUACCUCCGGGAAUGGUGUCUGAGCCCUUGGAGGACCUGGACCCAUAUUACAUCAAUAAAAAGACUUUUAUAGUAUUGAAUAGAGGGAAGGCAAUCUUCCGAUUCAAUGCCACACCUGCCUUGUACAUUUUAUCUCCUUUCCAUCCUCUUAGAAAAGCAGCUAUCAAGAUUUUAGUUCAUUCAUCAUUCAGCAUACUUAUUAUGUGCACUAUUCUGACUAACUGUGUAUUUAUGACAAUGGAUAAACCUCCAGAUUGGGCAAAGAAUGUUGAGUACACUUUUACUGGAAUUUAUACAUUUGAAUCCCUUAUAAAAAUUCUUGCAAGAGGCUUCUGUAUAGGUCAUUUUACUUUUCUUCGAGACCCCUGGAACUGGCUUGAUUUUACUGUUAUUGCAUUUGCAUAUCUGACAGAGUUUGUGGACCUGGGCAAUGUCUCAGCAUUGAGAACAUUCAGAGUUCUCCGAGCAUUGAAAACAAUAUCUGUCAUUCCAGGCUUGAAGACUAUUGUAGGAGCCCUAAUUCAGUCUGUGAAGAAGCUCUCAGAUGUAAUGAUCCUGACUGUGUUUUGUCUGAGUGUAUUUGCACUAAUAGGGCUGCAGCUGUUCAUGGGCAACUUGAGGCAUAAAUGUUUGCUGUGGCCCUUAAAUGUAUCUUCUUCUGAAAAUAGAUUUGCUUCAUUCUUCAUUAAUGACACAGUGUUUGACUGGAAGGCAUACAUUGAAAACGAAAAUAAUUUUUAUAGUUUAGAGGGACAAAAAGAUGCCUUGCUUUGUGGUAAUAGCUCCGAUGCAGGUCAAUGUCCAGAAGGAUAUACAUGUAUAAAAGCUGGUAGAAACCCCAACUAUGGCUACACGAGUUUUGACACGUUCAGCUGGGCAUUCUUGUCACUGUUUCGACUGAUGACUCAGGAUUACUGGGAAAACCUUUAUCAACUGACGCUACGUGCUGCUGGCAAAACUUACAUGAUAUUUUUUCUUCUGGUGAUUUUCCUGGGCUCUUUCUACCUAAUUAACUUGAUCCUGGCGGUUGUUGCCAUGGCCUAUGAAGAACAGAAUCAAGCAACCCUAGAAGAGGCAAAGCAGAAGGAGGCAGAAUUUCAGCAGAUGCUUGAACAGCUGAAAAAGCAACAAGAAGAAGCUCAGGCAAUAGCAGAAGCGGCAGCUGAGUUUAGAGAUUUUGGUGGCGAAGACAGGAUUUGUGGGCUCUCGGAGAGUUCUUCAGAAGCAUCAAAGUUGAGCUCAAAGAGUGCUAAAGAAAGGAGAAACAGAAGGAAGAAAAGAAGACAGAGAGAGCUUUCUGGAGGAGAGGACAAGUUGGAUGAUGAAAAGUUUCCCAAAUCUGAUUCAGAAGGCAAUAUCAGAAGAAAAGGUUUCCGUUUCUCUUUGGAAGGGAAUAGACUGACAUAUGAAAAGCGUUUCACUUCCCCCCACCAGUCUUUGCUGAGCGUUCGUGACUCCUUGUUUUCUCCAAGGCGCAACAGCAGAACGAGUCUUUUCAGCUUUAGAGGUCGAGUAAAGGAUGUAGGAUCAGAAAAUGACUUUGCAGAUGAUGAACAUAGCACUUUUGAAGAGGAUAGCAGAAGAGGUUCUCUUUUUGUGCCACUCAGACAUGAACGGCACAAUAGUAACAUUAGUCAGGGCAGUAGGUCAUCAAGGAGGCUUCCAGUGAAUGGGAAGAUGCAUAGUAGUGUGGACUGCAAUGGAGUGGUUUCCUUGGUUGGUGGACAAACAUCACUCUUGUCGCCUACUGGACAGCUUCUGCCAGAGGUGAUAAUAGAUAAACCAACUACUGAUGACAAUAGCACCACUUCAGAAAUAGAAAUAAAGAAGAGAAGGUCAAGUUCUUAUAAAAUAUCAAUGGAUUUGCUGGAAGAUCCAACUAUCAGGCACAGAGCAAUGAGUAUAGCCAGUAUACUCACAAACACAAUGGAAGAACUUGAAGAAUCCAGGCAAAAAUGCCCACCAUGCUGGUAUAAAUUUGCCAACACUUUCUUGAUCUGGGACUGUUGGGCUCCUUGGUUAAAAGUAAAACAUAUUGUUAGUUUGAUUGUGAUGGAUCCAUUUGUUGAUCUUGCUAUUACCGUCUGCAUUGUUUUAAACACACUGUUUAUGGCCAUGGAAUAUUAUCCAAUGACUGAACACUUCCACAAUGUGCUUUCAGUAGGAAACCAGGUUUUUACCGGGAUCUUCACAGCAGAAAUGGUUCUCAAGUUAAUUGCCAUGGAUCCUUAUUAUUAUUUCCAAGUAGGCUGGAAUAUUUUUGAUGCGUUUAUUGUUUCCCUUAGUUUGCUGGAGCUUUUUCUUUCUAAAGUGGAUGGACUAUCAGUUCUCCGAUCAUUCAGAUUGUUGAGAAUUUUCAAGUUGGCAAAAUCGUGGCCCACACUAAACAAGCUGAUAAAGAUUAUUGGUAACUCAGUGGGGGCUUUGGGAAAUUUGACGUUGGUGCUGGCCAUCAUUGUCUUCAUUUUUGCUGUGGUUGGUAUGCAGCUGUUUGGUAAAAGCUACAAGGAUUGUGUCUGCAAGAUAUCCAAGGAAUGUGUACUUCCACGCUGGCACAUGCAAGACUUCUUCCACUCUUUCUUAAUUGUAUUCCGAGUGUUGUGUGGAGAAUGGAUAGAGACUAUGUGGGACUGUAUGGAGGUUGCCAGCCAAGCCAUGUGCCUUAUCGUUUUCAUGAUGGUCAUGGUGAUUGGAAAUCUAGUGGUACUGAACCUGUUUUUAGCCUUGCUGCUGAGCUCAUUUAGUUCAGACAACCUUGCUGCUAUAGACGAUGAUAAUGAAACGAACAAUCUGCAGAUCGCAGUGGCAAGGAUUCAGAGGGGAAUAGAUUAUGUGAAAAGAAAAGCAUGUGAAUGUAUCCAAAAAACCUUUGUUAGAGGACAAAAAGACAUCGAUGAAGUAAGAUCAACCAGUCAGCUAAACAACAAGGAAGACAACUACACUGCCAACCAUACUGUAGCUGAAAUGAAUAAACAUCUGAAUAAUCGCAAAGAUAAUAAUGGAACCACUGGUGUUGUAGGCAACCAUGAUUAUGCAUCAUUCAUACACAACCCAAGCCUCACUGUGACUGUACCAAUUGCUAUUGGGGAAUCGGAUUUUGAACCUUUAAAUACAGAAGAGUUUAGCAGCGAGUCAGAGCUGGAGGAAAGCAAAGAGAAAUUAAAUAUUUAUAGCUCAUCUGAAGGUAGUACAAUUGAUAUAAAUUACCUUGGAGAAGAAAAAGCAAAUUUUGAAUCAGAAGACGCACUAGAACCAAAGGCCUGUUUUACAGAAGGCUGUGUACGGAAAUUCAAGUUCUGUCAAGUCAGCCUAGAAAAUAAGAAAGGAAAAAUCUGGUGGAAUCUUCGAAAAACCUGCUAUAAGAUAGUAGAACACAACUGGUUUGAAACCUUCAUUGUCUUCAUGAUUCUCCUCAGCAGUGGUGCUCUGGCUUUUGAAGAUAUAUAUAUUGAUAAGCAUAAGACUAUCAAGAUCGUGCUAGAAUACGCUGAUAAGGUCUUCACUUACAUCUUCAUUCUGGAAAUGGUGCUAAAAUGGGUGGCCUAUGGUUUUCAAACCUAUUUUACUAAUGCCUGGUGCUGGCUGGACUUCCUGAUUGUUGAUGUUUCGUUGAUAAGCUUAACAGCUAAUGCCUUGGGCUACUCUGAACUUGGCCCAAUUAAAUCACUUCGAACGCUACGAGCUUUGAGACCUUUGAGAGCCUUGUCGCGAUUUGAAGGAAUGAGGGUGGUUGUGAAUGCCCUUUUAGGAGCAAUACCAUCUAUUAUGAAUGUACUUCUGGUUUGUCUUAUAUUCUGGCUAAUUUUCAGCAUAAUGGGAGUAAAUUUGUUUGCUGGCAAGUUCUUCUCCUGUGUUAACACUACAAGUGGUAACCCUUUUCCAAGAGAAAAGAUUGAGAAUAAAACUGAGUGUGAGAAUUUUAUGAAAAGCCAUGAAGAUGUCCUGUGGAAAAACGUGAAAGUAAACUUUGAUAAUGUUGGAGCUGGCUAUCUUUCUCUGCUGCAAGUAGCUACAUUUAAAGGAUGGAUGGAUAUCAUGUAUGCAGCUGUUGAUUCCACAGAUGUAGGCCAGCAGCCCAAGUAUGAAGAAAGCCUGUAUAUGUAUUUUUACUUUGUCAUCUUUAUCAUCUUUGGGGCAUUCUUCACUUUGAACCUUUUCAUUGGUGUCAUCAUAGACAACUUCAACCAACAAAAAAAGAAGCUUGGAGGUCAAGACAUCUUCAUGACAGAAGAACAGAAGAAAUAUUACAAUGCAAUGAAAAAGCUGGGAUCCAAGAAACCACAAAAACCUAUACCUAGACCAGCGAACAAAUUCCAAGGUUUGAUGUUUGAUAUUGUAACAAAACAAGCAUUUGAUAUCAGCAUCAUGAUUCUUAUCUGCCUCAACAUGGUCACAAUGAUGGUAGAAACUGAUGACCAGAGUGAUGAGAUGAAACAUAUUUUAUACUGGAUUAACAUGGUCUUUAUUGUCCUUUUCACUGGAGAAUGUGUCCUCAAACUAAUUUCACUCCGUUAUUACUACUUCACCAUAGGCUGGAACAUUUUUGAUUUUGUGGUUGUCAUUCUCUCCAUAGUAGGUAUGUUUUUAGACAAGGUGAUUGAAAAGUAUUUUGUGUCCCCCACCUUGUUCAGAGUUGUCCGACUCGCCAGAAUAGGUCGAAUCCUGCGUCUCAUUAAGGGUGCUAAAGGGAUCCGCACUCUGCUUUUUGCUUUGAUGAUGUCUCUUCCCGCUUUGUUUAACAUUGGUCUCCUGCUUUUCCUGGUCAUGUUUAUCUAUGCUAUAUUUGGAAUGUCCAAAUUUGCUUAUGUUAAGAAGGAAAGUGGGAUUGAUGACAUGUUCAACUUUGAAACGUUUGGCAACAGCAUGAUCUGCCUAUUUCAGAUUACCACAUCUGCUGGUUGGGAUGGCUUGUUAGCACCAAUUCUUAACAGUGGAGAACCGGACUGUGAUCCUAAUAAACCUCACCCAGGAAGCUCUGUUAAAGGAGACUGUGGUAACCCUCCAGUUGGGAUUUUCUUUUUUGUCAGUUAUAUUAUCAUCUCAUUUCUAGUUGUAGUAAACAUGUAUAUUGCUGUUAUUUUGGAGAACUUCAGUGUUGCUACGGAAGAAAGUGCUGAGCCCUUGAGUGAGGAUGACUUUGAGAUGUUCUAUGAGGUUUGGGAAAAGUAUGAUCCAGAUGCAACCCAGUUUAUAGAAUACAGUAAACUAUCUGAUUUUGCAGCCUCUUUGGAUCCUCCUCUUCUUAUAGCAAAACCAAACACUCUUCAGCUUAUUGCAAUGGAUCUGCCCAUGGUAAGUGGUGACAGAAUUCACUGCCUUGACAUCUUGUUUGCUUUUACAAAGCGUGUUUUGGGGGAAAGUGAUGAGAUGGAUGCACUUCGAAUACAAAUGGAAGAUCGUUUUAUGGCGGCCAAUCCUUCUAAAGUCUCCUAUGAACCAAUUACCACCACAUUAAAACGAAAACAAGAGGAAGUAUCCGCUACUGUUAUUCAGCGAGCUUACAGACAUUACCUUUUAAAGCAAACGGUGAAAAAAGUUUCAUUUAUGUAUCACAAAGGAAAGCAUGGUUUGCCUAUCAAAGUAGAUAUGACUCUGGAUAAGCUAAGUGAAAACUCAGCUGCAGAAAAAACAGAUAAAACCCCCUCCACAACUUCUCCACCUUCCUACGAUAGUAUAACAAAGCCAGACAAAGACAAAUAUGAAAAAGACAAUUCAGAAAAAGAAGACAAAAGUAAGGACACCAGGGAAAGUAAAAAGUAAAAGAAAACAAAGAAUUCCAUUCAUCACCAAUGGUUUACAGCUUGAGAAAGUGACAUUUAUGUCAAUAGGGCUCCUGUAGGAGGUCUACACCAAAGUGACAGCUUUUACACAUACAUGCACAUACACACCCUUUAAGGUCAGUGCCUAUAUCAAGACAGUGACCCCUUGUCAUCAAACUAUGACUCUGUAGGGUAACAGCUUUGCCAAGAGAUUAUUAUUACUAGCUGGUACUGAUGAAGAGGAGACACAACAUUGCUAUUCAGACUGUUAGGAACAUUAAAGGAUGCAAAUCUAUAAUUCUUAAAAUGCGUGUGUGUUAACAACAAAUACUUCAGCGGCGUAAUUAUAUCCAUUCUCUGCAUUUCAAUGGCUACAUUUGUCCUACUUUUAAAAUGUCUGUUGGUGCAGUCAUUUGUCUUAAUUCACAGAUUUUUAUAUGUGGUUCUUUUAUGUUGGGAAAAGGAGAUAUGUGCUCUUUCACAGGUAUUCAAGUGUCAGAUACUAUUUAUGCGGCAUGGUUCUUAACAAGCUAAUUAAAAAGUGAGGUCCCUGCCCCGUGACCUUAAACCUAAAUCUGAUCAGUGCCAUCACAAAAAGAUGACAAGACCAUGGGGAAUAUAAACAAGAUAUCAAUAAAUACCAGUAGAGCAGUCUGCCCUUAGAAGAGGGUAAUUAUUCUCACAGACAGCUGAUUCGUUUAUUAGUUCCACUUUUUUCUUUUUGGUUACUUAGUUUUUGGUUUUCUUAAAAAACAUUUUUACCUAUUAUUUUAAAGUCUAUAUUUGGUGAGUUCGGAUUGAAGUGAUUUGCAUGAAGGCAUGCUGUACUUAUUGCUCAUGCAUGGAAACAUAUGACCUCACAAAGAGCAGCAGAGUUCUAACUACUUCCAGAUUUCAGGCUGGCUCUUAAUUUUGAAAUAUUUUAACUAUCAUGAAAUAAAACAUCCAGAAAAAUAAUAAAUAUAAAGUAAAAAAGAAUACCCAAAAAUGGAACAGUCAUUUUUUUUGUUUGGUUGGUUUGGUUUCUUUUGGUUUGUUUGUUCAUUUGUUUUUUGCCUUUUAAUAUAGACAAUUACAUUUCAGCAGUGCAGUCCAUAUUUUACUCUAAGGUCUGGAGCUACAUUCUGUCUCUGCUUCUCUUAUUCUUAUGAGUAAAACCCAUUUAAGAUAAAGGGAGUAACAUGUGCAGAUCAAUGGGAAUGUUAAGCACCAUUGGGACAAAUACUGCCUUGCUUUAUACCUUAUGCCAACAACCCAACCUUGUUAGAAUCAUAGAAUAUCAGGGUUGGAAGGGACCUUAGGAGGUCAUCUAGUCCAACUCCCUGCUCAAAGCAGGGCCAAUCCCCAGACAGAUUUUUGCCCCAGAUCCCUAAAUGGCCCCCUCAAGGAUUGAACUCACAAGCUUGGUUUAGCAGGCCAAUGUUAGAGUUGCAAAGGGGAGACAUGGCAGGGGAAGGUGUAAAUUAGGGAAGAAUUUGGUCCCCAUAUGUUUUUGUCAAGUGUUCUGCAAUAUGAAAUGAAUCUUCCUCAAACACUGAAAUGUUCAAAUAGGUGUAGUUAUUCUGCUUUAUGCUGCAGUAUUUUUUAAAUGUCAUCUGUUCUCAGCAAGGCUGACAUUGUAAUUGUCAAUGAAAUGGCUUUUGAUAUUUAAAUCGUUUGACACAGUGGUACAUGUUUGAGCAAGCAAAUAACGACCUGACCGCAGUAUUUAUUACAUUAUGUACCUUAAUAAGUCGAGUUUGCAAACUUUCAACAGGUAAUAUGUUAUAUUCUGUACAAUUAUAAAUAAUUUGAAGGUUGUCACUGAUGCAUGUUUAUCUGUAUCUUAUACCUUGUUGCUGUAUCUUACAUCAUCCAAAGUUCGGAAGUCUGAUAUGGGAAGCCAUGUGUCAGUGGAAAAGUGAAACAAAUUGUUCACCAGACAUCAUUCUUCAUGUCAGUAAGCAAUAGUUUGCUGCUAUUUAAGAGCUUAUUUUUAUUUAAUUUUAAAAAAUAUAUCAUGCAGUGUAUAAUUGGACUAUACAGGACAUGUAAACUGUUUAACUUGUUGAAAAUGUGGGGUUAGAAAACAGUUUUGUAAAAAAAACUAUAUUAUUUUUCAAAAUCACUUUAUUUUUCAGCAUUUUGUACCUAUAAGCAGCUACAGUUAUCCUCAAGUUGUUGUCAGUCAUUUUUUUGGUCAUUUCUACUCCUUUUUCGUUAAGAAAUUUAAGCUAUGAAGAAAUGAAUAGGUAGUUGUACACUUCUGCUUAUUAUUAUAGUUGAACAUAUUUUAGUAUGAAAUAAUUUUAAAUAAAAUAGGGACCAGAGUUCACUUGCUUCUGAGUAGGUUGUUCCUUGUAUGUGGAAAAAGAAUGGAGAAAUUGGUUGAAUUUCUAGCGCUGCCUGCAUCUGAAGUUUUGAGGUAGUCUUAUUCAUGGAAUCCUUGAUCUUUCACAGUGUCUGUUUAUAUAGACUGUUAUUCUUGUUGAUUCAUGAUGCACUAGAAGUGUUUAAAGUAUAAUAUGGGAUCUACAAUCUUAUUUUCACAAGAACCAAGUAGUGAACUUGUAUAAUGCAUCACAUCAGGAUGUUUUUGUUUCUUACUCAAGGUGGAGUUAAACAUAGACGACUCCUUUUACUAAAACUAUUGACAUGUAAUGUAUUGAUGAACUGCAUGCCAGAAAAUGUUUUCCUAUAAAUACAUUACU